ACAGGGAAGAGCAAAUAUAUCCCGCUCAAGGGUGAAAAAGAGGAGGAAAUAAUAUGUCCCUUAUACCCAACCGAGCGGUACGAAGAUCUCGAUAACAAAAGUGAUGACUACAAGAAGAAACCAGGAUUGAGGCAGAAGGCAAGAGGUAGCAUUGGGAUCGACUUAGACGAUGACUCCGACAAGACAAAUAUCCCCAAAUGGUCAAGAGUAACACCUGCCGAAUGUGGCGUCCCGUCCCAAGGAGCCACAAAGAUAGAUGAAUGUGCCCCAGGCGUUUCAUAUUGUAUUAGUGAAGAUUACUAG